AUGGGGCUGGUGAUGGGGUUGGGGCUGGGGCUAGGGCUGGGGCUGGGGCUGGGGAUGUGGAUGGGGGCCAAGGGGCUGGGGGAUGGGGAUGGGGAUGGAAGUGGCCUGAGUGAGAAUGGACAAUAUCAAAAGAGGGAAAGAUAUGUUGAGUUUAGUAGUGCUAAAAAGCAAAAUACUUUGUCAUUUGAGCCUAGCAGUGACAGUGAUGGCGUGGGAAGGUUGACAAGUUUUAGUUUCAAGGAGAGUAGGGUUAGGGAACUUGCUUCCCAUACGGUGCUACUUCAUGAGUACCCUUUUAAUAUGAUGGAGCAUGAACUUUUUAAUAAGUUCAUGAGGGCCUGCACACCCCACUGGAAAAAAAUAAGCCAUGCAACUAUUAGGAAUGAUUGCAUUACCACUUACCAAAAUGAAAAAAGGAAGCUAAGAACACUUUUGAAAUUGGUUGACAAGGUGAACAUCACCACCGAUAUGUGGACCUCUUGUCAAAGAGUGUCAUAUAUAGUGGUGACUUGCCACUUUGUGGAUUCAACUUGGUGCCUCCAAAAAAGAAUUUUAAAUUUUUGCAAUGUACCUCCUCCACAUUCUGGUGUUGUGAUUGCUGAUGCAUUAAGGAAUUGUUUUUCUGAUUGGGGAAUUGAGGAUAAAAUUCAUACCAUUACUGUUGAUAAUGCUUCAGCUAAUGAUUCUGCAAUUAGAAUUAUAAAAGAUGACUUUGAGUUGAAGAAUGCUUUGUCGGUUGGGGGUAGGUUGUUUCAUGUUAGGUGUUGUGCACACAUUACAAACUUGUUGGUGCAGUCUGGGCUUGUUGAAAUUAGGGGUAUUAUAGAUGAUGUUAGGCAGGGCAUAAAAUAUAUAGUGGCUUCUAAAAGUAGGUUGAAUGUCUUUAGUGAGAUAGCAAAGAGAUUGCAUUUACCCUGUAAGAAGCUGAUUUUAGAUGUCCCCAUACGUUGGAACAGCACCUAUUUGAUGUUGGACACUGUAAUUAAGUAUAAAGAAGUGUUUCCUAGGUACCAUAGAGUUGAGCAAGCAUUUCAGUGGGUUGUAACUCCAGAACAGUGGGAAAUGGUGGGUAAUGUGAACCAGGUUUUGUCAAUUUUCAAUGAUGUAACCAAUGUUGUAUCUGGUAAUGAGUACCCUACUGCAAAUCUGUAUUUACCUGGGGUUUGGAGGAUGAAACAAGUUUUGAUGAUCAAGUGUGAUGAUAGGAAUAAGUACAUGAGGUCAAUGGCAAGUAGGAUGAUUGACAAAUUUGAUAAGUAUUGGGGUGAUAGCAAUUUGUUGAUGUCCAUAGCUGCUGUCUUGGAUCCUAGAUACAAGAUGAAGUUGAUCAAUUUCUGUUUCCCUAUCAUUUAUCCUUUGACUGAAGCUUGUAGUCACAUUAACAAUGUGUUGGCAGUUCUGAAAGAGUUAUUUGAGUCAUAUGUUUUUGCCCAUACGGCUUGUAUAUUGCAAGAAACUGCCCAAGUAAAUGUUCCUUCUUGUUCUUCCUCAAGUGCAAUUGUUGGAGAUGUGGUGUCCAAAAUUUCUGAAGGUCGAUCAAGGUUUGCUGACCAUAUAAGAAGUAGUGACAUCAUCCGGCCCAUUAAAACAGAUUUGGAUGUUUAUCUUGAAGAGGAUGUCUACAUUUGUAGUAAGAAUGAGAAUGGAGUAUAUAUGGAAACAGAUUUUGAUGCUUUGGCAUGGUGGAAAUGCAAUGCCUUGAAGUACCGUAUCUUGUUUAGAAUGACAAAGGAUAUCUUGGCUGUUCCCAUAAGUAUAGUUGCUUCUGAAUCCUCCUUUAGUGCUAGUGGUAAGGUUAUUGAACCCCAUAGAGCAUCAUUAUCCCCUGACACUGUUCAGAUGCUCUUAUGUGGUUCAGAUUGGGUGAGGGCACUUCAUGGCAGCAAGAAAAAAUCUGCUAGUGAAAAAUUGGUUGAAGUGGAGUUGCCUACAACUACAACUACAACUACAACUACCUGA